AUGAACAGAUUUGUAUCUAAAUAUUCAUCAUCUCCUUUAACUUUACCUCAAGAAGAGAACUUUGGUCAGCUCUGUGGACGUUGGGAUGCUGCUCAACAACUUGCAUUCCCUUCUUUUGAUAUUCCUGCUAUUCACAACCCUGUCGAUUUCUUGAGAAAUGUAACCGAUGAGAAAUCUGCCGAUUACAAAAUCAAGAUUCAACACGGUACAACCACACUUGCUUUCCAAUUUCAAGGUGGUGUUAUUGUAGCUGUAGAUUCCAGAGCUACCAUGGGCAAUUAUAUUGGUUCCCAAACUGUAAAGAAGGUCAUUGAAAUCAACCCUUAUUUGUUGGGUACCAUGGCAGGUGGUGCUGCUGAUUGUUCGUAUUGGGAGCGUGAGUUGGGAAGACGUUGUCGUUUGCACGAAUUGAGAAACAAGGAGCGUAUUUCAGUUGCUGCUGCAUCCAAGCUAUUAGCCAAUAUGGUUUAUGCUUACAAGGGCAUGGGCUUGUCUAUGGGUACGAUGGUUACAGGCUGGGAUAAAUCUGGACCCAAUCUCUUUUAUGUUGAUUCUGAUGGCUCAAGAUUGAAGGGCGAUAUUUUCUCUGUUGGUUCAGGUUCAACAUUUGCUUAUGGUGUCCUUGAUUCCGGAUAUGAUCACGAUUUAUCUGUCAAGGAUGCUCUUGAGCUUGGAAGAAGAUCUAUUUACCAUGCUACACAUCGUGAUGCCAUGUCUGGUGGCUCUGUAAACUUAUACCAUGUUACUGAGGAAGGUUGGACAUAUCACGGUAACCAUGAUGUUGGCAAUCUUCAUUGGGAUUAUCAAGAUGGUGUCGCAAGUGAAAUCAUCUAA